AGCCUCAUCAUCAUCAUCAUUCAACCACCGAGCGCAUCCGCAACACCAUCGUCGCCCAACCCUCUCUUGCCUUGACUGCCAUCCCUACGUGUGCGCGCACUUUUGGCAUAUACUAUUGAGGUCACUGGCGCGUCUCUACCGCGUGCGCAUCCUGUGACCUGCGACGCGUCGACAUAAACACGACGACCGACUCGACGCGCAGCUCUUCCUCACCCCACCCACGAGCUCCUCCAUCCCGCCACCACCAUGUUUCUUCCCGAGGAUCUUCUCUUCAAGCAAGGCGCGCUUGCGCACGUCUGGCUCGCCUCCAAUCAGCAGAAGAAGCUCACCAAAGCUCAAGUGCUGCAGCACAAGAUCCCCGAGAGUUGCGAAGUCAUCAUUCGACCAGAGGUGGCUGCUGGCGGCCCACUUGCGUUGCGUUUGAACGCGCAGCUACUUCUUGGUGAAGUUCGCAUCUACCACAAGAAAGCCCACUACCUGCAGGAUGACUGCAAUGAAGCUUUGUGGAAGAUCAAGAUGGCCUUCCGCCCUGGAAACAUUGAUCUUCCUGCGCAGACUCACGUUGCCAACCCUACCAACUUGAUUCUACCAGAUCAAAUUACCGACCUGGACCUGCUGGCUCCUAUGCCAGAUCCCUCUUUUCUUCUUUCACAGCCGCUUAGUGGUAGUCUCAAUCUUGGAAACACUACUGUACCGGAUUGGGAUAACAGCCAAUUCCUCUCUGGCAGCAUUGAGCACCCACGUAUGGAACCAAUGGAACUUCCCGACGAUGACCUGAACUUGGAUAUUGGAGAAGAUGACGACUUGGAGCCCUCGGCGCCGUUCGACGAAGGCACAAGUAUCGAGAUAGGCCGUAACGCGCCCCUCGAACGCCGUCAAUCUGAUGAAUUUACUGCGCUAGACAAGGGCCUUACGCUAGACGACGAUGAUGGCCUUGGCAUAGAUAUUGGUGAAGAUGCUCCUACAGAACUUGGCCCUGGCCUAGAGCUGAAUCUCGAGGACGAUAUGGAUAUCACCAUGGGCGGAAUGAACGAAACAGAUCUCCCAGCGGGUUCAAUAGCAGGCGAUUUGCCUACGCGCCAGCGUGAGGAAUCACCACUCUCCGAGCUAGGAGAGGAAGAGGCUACUCGCCUUGAACAGGAAAUCGCCGAGCAAACCACCACCUUUGAGCCAGAGCAGGAUGAAGAGGAGGAGUCCAUUCACCAAGCCAGAGCCAAGCGCAGGAGGGUCAUUGGAGCCGACGCAGAGACAAUGAUUUCUAGCCAGCAACUGAAGGAGCAACAGAACAACCGUGAGAAGAUUCUCAAGCCUGCGUCUUUCCUUCCACGCGAUCCCCUCCUUAUGGCUUUGCUCAACAUGCAAAAGUCUGGAGGCUUUGUAUCAAGCAUUCUUGGCGAUGGACGAAGUCAGGGUUGGGCUCCCGAAUUACGCGGUAUCCUUUCUUUGGAAGUAAUUUCCCGACCAAGCCAGAAACGCAAGCGAGAUGGCGUCAAUAUUGGAGCGGACGCCGAGGACGACGAAGCAACAGCAGCUGAAAGAGAGAAGACGCCACAACUACAACUAGAAUUUGAGCAAGACGAGCCAACUCUAGGGGGUGGUGAUAUUGGUAUUGGCGGUGACAACACCAUGCUAGGAGGGUCCGAGGACAUUAUCCAACUCCCCGAUGAACCAGAUUUCCAGCAGAUCGGUGAAGAGGAAGAAGAUGUCUUUUCCCCAGUCCCCGACAACUUUGAUGACACAACCGUACCUCUUAUCCAUCCCGCCGAAGGUGGACCUGUAUCACUAGGCACAAAACACGCCGUUCACUUCUUACGAGAGCAAUUUGGGCCCGAAGCCGAGGAGAGCGAAUCAGUUCGACAAAAGAGCAGCAUCAUCUUCCAAGACAUUUUCCCAGAAACCAGGACAUCACGGACCGACGCCACCAAGAUGUUCUUUGAAAUGCUCGUCCUGGCAACCAAAGAUGCCAUCAAGGUCGAACAACCAGCUAACAACCUUGGUGCUCCGCUACGUAUUCGUGCCAAGCGUGGCCUCUGGGGUGAAUGGGCUGAGACUGGUGCAAGCGGCGAACUGGCUUCUCAAGCCCAAGUUGCGCCUACGGGAGACUCUGAUGCCCCUGCUGAGGCCAUUUUCCAAGGGCCGUCUGAAGUUUCUGUCUCGGCGUAGGGAGAACGAACAAAAGAUAUCAACUUUCUUGGGAAGACUAGGGGUAAAUGAGGGCUUUGUUCUCAUCUGGUAGGCGUUGGCUGAAUACCCUUUCUUUUCUUAUGACUUUCCCCUCUGCUGCUUGCAACGUUGAACUACGGCUUUUCUUGGUGGGGUGGGUGUAUUGGCGUUGGUGUUUGGGAGGAGGCCUAUUGUGUUAUAGGGAAAACUUGGCUUUAUCUUCUUAUAUGAUGCCUAGUAAGAUAUUUGUAUCGGACUUGGAAAAUCAAUGUACUUCGUAUUACUUCGACAUUGGAUACUUCAGCUUUCUUGAAUGAUAUGCUACUCGUAU